CUUUGAGUAGAGGUGUGGCUUUGUUAGACUGAUGAAGUUUUAGGACCUAAGGUCCGGUGUUUGUGUGGUAAGAAAAAAGCCAUCUCCUGAUAGUGUCUCUGGAGCUCUUCUGAAAAGAUGUCCUUUGAUGAGGUUACAAAUAAACCUGAACGUCUUUCAUCACAAAGACCUGACAAUACAGCCUUCACGCAGCAAAGGCUUCCUGCAUGGACACCACUGCUUUCUGCUGGCCUCGUUCUGCCCUUUGUUUUCUUAGCAGGUUUGGCUUUUAUAGGAAUUGGCAUUGGACUGAAUUAUUCUUCAAACAAUAUUACAGAAUGUGAGUAUGAUUAUACAGGUGCUCAGUCCGGAGACAGCUGCUUUGAAUGUGCCAGUACUUUAAAUGCUUCAAAUCCUUGUUCUUGCAACAUCACAUUGAAUAUAACACAACAGUUUAAGGGUCCUGUUUUUAUGUAUUAUGAACUAAGUAAUUUUUACCAGAACCACUAUCGAUACAUGAUAUCCAAGGAUGAUAAGCAACUAGGUGGAAUCCUGUACAAUCUAAAGAAUCCUGCUAAUGAAUGUUCACCAUAUCUGUUUGACUUUGCUGGGAAACCAUUUGCUCCUUGUGGUGUUAUUGCAAACAGCAUGUUUAACGACUCCUUCAAGCUUUACUAUAAGGACAAUGGAAAAGAAGUUGAUGUCCCAUUAGUAGGAAAAGGAAUUUCAUGGUGGACAGAUUACAAUGUAAAAUUCCGAAAUCCAACCAAUGGCAACCAGACACUCAGUGAAAUUUUUCAAGGUACAGCAAAACCUUUGAAUUGGAUGAAGGCAGCAUACGAUCUCUCAGAUGAUCCCUUUAACAAUGGUUUUAUAAAUGAAGACUUCAUUGUUUGGAUGCGUACAGCAGCAUUGCCAACUUUUCGAAAGUUAUACAGAAGAAUCGAGACUGGAAACUUUACCUCAGGCCUCCUUCCUGGAGAAUAUAUACUAAAAAUUAAUUACAAUUAUCCUGUGUUAAGUUUCGGUGGACGAAAAAAAGUUGUAUUCAGCAGUGUAUCUUGGAUGGGUGGAAAGAAUCCAUUUUUAGGCAUUGCAUAUCUUGUAUUUGGAUCACUAUGUACUUUUGUUUCAUUUAUUAUGCUAAUCGUAUACAUAAAGUACCAGGAAAAAAGCAAUGACAUUAAUCUAUGAACGUCUCCUACACUGGAAUGUGACAUAAUAAUUUUCUUCGCCUCAUCUGUUUUUUGUUUCUUGUUUUUUUGUUUUGUUUUUUUAUACCCUUACUACAACGCAUGCAUUUCAAACAGUAAAUCUCAUAAAUGUGAUGCAACAGUUUUAUGUGAUCAUAUCAUAAAAUAUAUAUAUAUAUAUAUAUAUAUAUAUAUAUAUAUAUAUAUAUAUAUCCUGUAUGACACAAACUCACAGACUUAGAGCUGUGUAAUUGUAAGGAACAAUAUUAUAUACAUUUUCCUUUUUUUUUUUUUUUUUUUUUUUCUAGUGAAUGUGUAACUUUGUAGGCAUUAGGAGUUGGACUCUCUGGUUAAUUUUGUUCUUUUAAAUAAAGAUAUAAAAAAAUGUACUUUUUGUUGCUGGUAUUCAGCUAUAAAAUCCACUUUGUAAAAGGGGGGAAAACGGUUCUAUAACCAAUAAAAGACCCAUGCUGCGUCACUCAUGCUAAAAUGAUGUGCCCUAACAAAUUAGAUUAAUUCAUUUUUUGCACUAUAAUGACCCUUUAAUAAUAAAAUGUAGUUUUGACUGAAGGAUAUGGGUAUGUCUUACCAUAAUAAAUAUGUGCUACGUUUUAGUAUUCCUAAUGUAUUGAAUGCAGCCUUGGUGCAACUUUUAAAACCCUGUUCUCCUUAUCAUUUGCUGAGCCUAGUUAGGGACAGCGUUUAGGGUAACAAUCUCACACGGUUUAAAGGGACAGUAAAGCCUAAUAAUUACAAUCUUUUCUUCAGUCUUCCAAUAGAUUAACGUAAUAGCAGAGUCCGAACAUUAUUAGAAUAGAUUAACACUGUUUUCUCAAACUGCUUUUCAAUGGUCAAAAUCCACCUUCAAACUUCCUUAUUUGGAGGAUCCAAUGUGGACUCGAAUUUGAAGAAGAUAGUACAGUUAGCAAAAUCUCAAUUGAUUGUCUUCAAUAGAAAUUAGAUACAAAACUAUAAACUAAUGCGACAUAUGUACCACUGUUAGGCUAAUGAAGCCUGCCAUGUUCUUGUUUUGUUUUUUUUAAGGACUGGAAUAUCCAUAAUGUUAAGACUUUAAUUUUAGGAAAAGAUGGCAAAAUAAAAUUUAUUGCAAUGUUGUAUUACUAUCCAUAAUUAAAGGGACAGUAAUGUCAUAAUUUUAGACAGCUAUGAUAAACUUUUAAACAACUAUCCAUUUUACUUCUAUUAUUUAAUUGCUUCCUUCUCUUGUUAGGAUUUAUCUAGGUAUGCUAAGGAGUAGCAAAGAACCUGUGUGUUAGCUGCUGAUUGGUGGCUGCAUAUAUAUUGAUUGUCAUUGGUUCACCCCAUGUGUUCAGUUAGAAACCAGUAGUGCAUUGCUGCUCUUUCAAAAAAUGAUACCAAGAGAAAGAAGCAUAUUUUGAUAAUAAAAGUAAACUGCUUAAAAGUUGUAUAUUCUAUCUAAAUAAUGAAAGAAAAUGUUGAGUUUCAUGUCCCUUUUAAGCAUUUUAUAUUUCAGUCUUGUUUACUGUUCCUUUACUGACAGUAAAGUCCAAAUUCUACUUCAGAGUGAGAUAAACCAUGCAAUUUUGAACAAAUUAAUUCAUUAUGAAUUGUGUUUCUUUCUUUUUUUUUGUAUCUUUUUUUUUUUUUUUUUUUUAAGGACCAGCAAUGCACUACUGGGAACAAGCUUACUAUAUAUUUUGAGCCAAAUACAAGGCAUACAUGUGCAGCCACCAAUCAGCAUUUAUCUCCCAGUACUGCAUUGCUGCUCCUCAGCCUACCCAGGUAUAAUUCUCAACAAAGGAUUCCAAGAGAAUAAAGCAAAUAGGAUAAUAUUUGAAAGCUGUUAAAAAUUGCAUGCCCUAUCUGAAUCAUGAAUGUUCAAUUUUGACUUUGCUUUCGCUUUUAAUGUCCUCUAAGGCAAUCUCUACUGUGAUAAUUAAAAGCUAUUCUGUUUACAGCUUAUUUUCAUUACGAUUAUUUGUUUACAUAAAACUGUUUUGAUGCUUCUACACAUUAGGUUGUUGACACUAUAUGAUUGUGUUACUUGCCUUAUGUGUCAUUUAAUGAUAAAAAAAAUAGUUUCCAGUCUCUGCUAAUACAUUUUUUUUUCUCAUUGUCACCUGAUUAGUAUUUCUGAAUUUUUAAGAAAAUAAAAAUUAUUUAUACAGACCUGAAUAAAA